CUCGGAGUGACUUCCCUUGAUUGAAUACGGAAGUUAAAAAAGUACAUGAAAGUACAAUAUUUUCGUGACGUUUAUAUGCUCUGAAACAAAAUGACAGCUCUCAGUGAAGAAACAGCUACUAUUUUGAAGACUAGCGUGCUGAAUGAGCUCCGGCCUGCUUUGUGUCGAGAUCUGAACCCUGUGAUGCACUUUCCACAUCUGAAGUCAAAGUACAUUCUGAACAGAGAUGACGAGGAGAUAAUCAGCAGCAUACCCAUAAGUAGACAGAAGGUUGACAAGCUCAUUGAUAUUUUGGUACAGAAAGGGGAGAAAGGGUUUGAUGAGCUUGUACGUUCCAUAGUGAAGGAUAGAACCCAGCUGUUCCUGGCACAGAAACUCAACCAGGCAUAUGAGGAGAAGCAGAAAAGGCUCCAAGCAAUCGAAAUGGACCUGCGGCUUUCCCAGAGAGAAGACCAACAACGAUCUAUGUCCCUGAGGCUUUCCCAGGGGCCUGUGGAACAUUGUAACAGCCCUGAACCCCUUGCCGAGCCUCCAAGUCUGAAACCAGUCUAUACUCCACAGACUGGUUCACACGAGAAGAUAAAAUCUGGGGAGUUCAGAAGCUCUAUAUCUGACUUAGGAGUAGACACAGACAAGCUCCCAAAGCCGGUGAUGCCUUUAAUUGGUUUAUUGACAGAUAAGGAAAAAGAUGAGGAGUUAAAAAAGGCUGAGCAAUCUCUGAAAGAAGAUAGCUUUGACGAAGGAUCAGAUGAUUUUGAUAAGAACAAGGUGGUGAUCAUUGAGGUAGUUGAUGGAAACGAGUCUAAAGCUUAGCAAUAUUUAUUUUGGUUUAAACAUAUCAACAUUAUGGUUACUGAACCCACAGCCUGAGUCAUUGAAAUUAAUCACAAGCUCUUUUUAUAGUGUUUUUAUAAUUUCAAUCACCAGAGUAGAUGGUGAAGUCACUGAUUUUUUGUAUAUUUUCAAGGACAAAGUUCAAUAACUAGCAUGUGUAUAAAUGAAUAAUGUUGUAUUUUAUCGGCACAGUUAAGCUCGGCCUCCUUGUUUCUGUUCUGAUAUGGGAGUUAAUGUAAAGAGGAAAAAAACAACAUUACAUGGUACAAGAAAUAUUUUAUAUACGCUCUGGAAUGGUUUUCUCAUACUUUUGUAUUACUAUAUAGGUAUAUGAAGAAACAUAUGUCAAUGAUUAGUUUAGUUAAAACUUUUUUAUUUUAUAAUGAUUGUGAAACAAGUAAUUACAACAUAAUAUUAAUCACUAUCAUUGGUGGUUGUGUGUGUGUCUUGUUGUGUGUGAGAAACCAGAAUAUUUGGAGGAAACCCCGCUUGUUCAGCUUGGUAACCACAAAUUCAAGGCCAGUGAUGUCUUGGUUAAAAGCGAGUAUGCUACCUGAACAAGCAAUUAAUGUCAAUGGUAUACUUUCAAACUGUCCAAGUUUGAAAAUAUGUAUCUGUGGCGGGGUACCAAGGAAGAUCAUACAAGAUUCAAAAUUUAUUGUCAAUUUUAAGCUCUACAUGCCGAAGAGUUCAUGCGAUGUCAUUCAUCCCUGUUUUUCUACGUAAACAAUUGCUUGUGAACACAAACUUGUACAAUAGUUAGAUAUCCAUGAGAACUCCGUUCCUUUCGAAUACCAGCCAUAUCUUGCCCAUGUAUGACUGGAUUAUGUCCCUUGAAAUGAUUAAAAUUGCUAUUGUAGCCGAGUCAAACAUUACUGUCUAAGAAAGACGACAUGUUAUUUUUAGAUUGGUUGCAGUUGUUUUGUUUUUUUUUCUCUUCCUUUCUGAUACAGUUUAAGAGAGACAACCUUUACUCAGAUAUGCUUUUGGCUGUUGUCUUUCUCCCUUGCCUUUGUUUAAAAGGGUUGACUGAUUUCUCUUAAGACUUAUACAAUUAUUAGACACUGACUUAAUGAUAUUCCUUUCAAAAACCAGCCACAUCAGCCCAUGCAUGACUAGAUUUAUUGAAAUUAUCAAAAUUGCUAUAAUACUGCUUGUGACACAAAUGAGCCUCCAUUUCCUAUCUGAUAUUCACCAACCUAUCAUAGCAGUUGUUACGUACUGAUAAGACCUUGGCUCCUUUCGAAAACCAGUCAGAUCCCACAAUGCAUGACUGGGUUAUAGCCCCUUGAAAUUCAUCUAAUUGAAAAUGACAAAGGCCGUCAUGGGCUUCUUGUUUCUGCUUGUAUGGAAUAGAUAUUGGCCGAUUGCUGAAGUAUUAUUAAAGCUUUACUAAUGUUUCUGUAAAUGCAUGCUAAUUAUAUGUAUGUUAUAAUAUUUUGUUUUUUUCAACAUGUUUGGUGUAAAAUUGGUUGUGUAGAUAUUACACAACAAUGGAUUGAUUUACAUUUGUGUUUAUAUUUUGUACUUUUUGAUAUUUUACACAUAGAAUCUGAUAUUAAUUUUGAUAUAAUUUUGUAUAGACACUUACAAAUGUAUGUGUCAAAAGGUGAUAGAAAAUGUAAAUGUUCUUCUUCAAAUAUACCGGUAAUAGAAGAUGAGUAUUAAUUAAAUGCAAUUUACAAUAUUCUUAGAUCUUACUAUCUAGGUAAUACAUCCUGUCUUUCUGAAUCUGUUAAAGGUAGGUGUACCCUAGAAAUUUAACUGUUUCUUCAAUACUUACUUUACUUUUUUCACUCUUAUAAUAUGGCUCUUUACCCUUUUUUUGUAUUUGUAUGUGUUUAUGUUUAAUAUGUAUAUUGCCAGGAUAAUGUUUUGUAAUAGUCAAAGGCAUUUAUAUGCAGCUCUUACCAAAUAGGUUAUACACGUACCUUCAAAGAUUAUGCUGGUGAAUAUGAUGUGGUUCUAGGUUCAGGUUUAUUUUAUUUUUUAGAUAUACAUGUAAUAAUAAAGUUGAAACCUGUUGGCUGGAUAUCACUUGGCUCGAUUUCCUCAUUGGCUCGAACUAAAUGUUAAGGACCGAUUUUGAUUUACUCUUUGUAAGCAUGCCUGCUUAGCUUGGCUCGAUAUUCGCAAGGCUCGAAGUAUUUUGGCCGGUUUCUGGGAUAUCAGACCAACAGGUUUCGAUUCGAACAUAUGUGUUGGGCUCAUCAUUGUAACUUUGUCUUCAUCUUUUAACUGUCGGAAGUAGUUAUGUGAAUGAUUGUAAAAUAUCAUGUUUAUAGUGUUUAUGUAAUAGUUAGAAAAUAUUGCGUAACAUCUUAAUGAUUGUGGAGGCUGGAGUAAACAAAGCAGGCAAAUCCUUCUUAGUUAUUAAGAUUUUGCACAAAAUGUUCUAACUGACUUAUAUUAUUAAGUGUUUUCUGCAGGCAGGGAACCAAAUUUUUAAAUCAUAUCUUUUAGUUAUAAAACUGUAAGAAAACUGUAAGUAUUAUCUAUUAAGGGUUGUACAUAUUGAAGGGUGAUAUAAUAGGCUUUAAUUUUGCAGGUUACAAUCUAAAUAUGAGUAGAGCACCUUUUGAAAAAACGGCGUAUAGUUUUGCAAAUGUCCAUCUGUCAGUUAACCACAUCUUUUCCCCACAACAACUCUUGGUGACUACAGCUCAAUUGAUGACCCAGGUUGAUAACCCAUAUUUUUUUAAGAUCCAAAGGUUAAGGUGAUGGUUCACCAUGUUUGAAAACUUGUCCACAAAAUAAUUUUAGGAAAAUUUGACCUAUGUGUAUGCCUAAGAAAAAACUGAUAGAUUGCCUUGACCAGCAGAAGAUCCAUUUUGUUUUGAGGGCAGUGGGUCAAAGGUCAAGUUCACAUUCAACAUUUUAUGAAAAUUUUGUCAGCACACUUACUUGAGAAUGAUUUGAUCUAGAACCAUAAAUCUCAGUUUUGGGUUGCCCUUUGUUUAUAUCAAGUGUCAAGGUCACUGACAACAGUCUUACAAAAACUUUACAUGCACCAUGAACACAAAAAAAGUUUGAUGAAACGUAAAUAAAAGGUUGGCUUUGACCAAUUAAUGAUCCCAGUAGAUCAAAGGUCAAUAUCAUGGUCAAAAGUCUUUUGAAAAUGUUGUCCCCCAUUAACUUAAGAACAGUUGCCCUUGACCAGCAGAUGACACCUUUCGAUUUUGAGGUCAGUAGCUUAAAGUUUAAGGUCAUGGUCAUAAGUCUUCUAAAACCUGUGCCUCAGUAUCUCUAGAACUGUUUGAACUAGCACUAUUAAGCUUUAAAAGAAGGUUGCCCAUGAUCAGCUUAUAACCCUUAUUAAUUUUGAGGUAAGUAGGUCAAAUGUCAAGAUCAUGGAAACUUGAGAACCAUGUGGUAACAAAAAUAUAAUUUAUUAGGUUAAAUUACAUUAUAUUUACCCAAUGUAAUUAAUAUCAUGUUUCAUAAUUUUGGAAUGGUCAAAAUACCCCAUUUUGGGGGAAUAGUUGUUCAUUAUAAUUUCUUCAAUAUUGGAAAUAUAAUUUAAGCUUACUUGCAGACUUGUCAGUCUAGAAUUAGGCGUCAAUGUUCUCUUUUUGUAUGUACAUUUUGUCUUUUUUCAAUGAAUAAAUGUUUUAAUUAAAGA